UCUGUGCCAUCACAAAAGAAAUCGCUUAGGCUCACAUGCUUCAAAGAAAGCAUAAUAUUUUUAAAGUGUAGUUGAAAGCGACUUCCCUAUAUGCCCCUUAUCCUUUUCCCUUUUCCCUUUUCUUUUCUCUUCUUUCUUCUUCUUUCGAUUUUCUUUUCUCAAUUCCUUUUCUGUCUUUUGUUAAAUCGCGUCUCUUACUGCCACCCUCUAUUGUAUAUUCUUAUUGCACCAUUGCUACUUCUUUACUCCUAUCAUAUAUAUUGCUUAUAGCUUACUUAUCCCAUACUGUUGAAUAUAAAGUAUAAUCCCACAAUAAAAAGAAUUAAGUAUGUUUUAUGCUAUAGCUCUAUAGCAGACAUAUU